AUGGCAGAUAUUAUAAAAUUAUUGGCAAGGAUAGAUCAACGAAUACCGAUAUAUGAAAUAUUCGAAUCAUCAGAAUCACUUCUAUCAACUAUUUGUCAACUUUCAACUCAAGAAUCAAUCGUAAAUCAUAUCAAAUCAUCGACUAUCAUUCAAUUAAAUCCAUAUUAUAUCAAAUUAUUCAUAAAAUCAUAUAUAACCAUCCUUGAGAAGAAGAAUGUGGAGAUCUGGGAAGAUCUAUAUGAAUUAUAUUGUGAUCCUACUAUACUAAACUCUCAAGAAUUACAACCUACUGAUACAGAUUUAUUAAUUUAUCCCAUCAAUGGAUUUUCCAUUACUGAUUCAUAUCAGACUAUAACGAUUAAAGAGACUCCAAAGAUCAUAUCAGGAUUGAAUACCACUGGUUUGAGGACUUGGGAAGCUGCAUUAUACUUGGCUAAUUAUUUGAAUGAUCUGACAUUAUCAACUUACGAUUUCAAACAUAAAUCAGUACUUGAAUUAGGAAGUGGGACAGGAUUAUUAAGUCUUUCAUUAUUAAAAACCUAUGGAGAUGAGAUUGAAAAAUUGAUAGUUACUGAUGGAUCUAUAUCAGUAUUUGAUAAUUUCCAUGAAACCUUAAAGAUAAAUCAUCUCUCACAAGAGAAAUUAAAAUGUCAACAAUUACUUUGGGGAACAACAAAUCCAGAGCAUGAAGACUCAUUCAUUCAAGCUCCCCCAGAAAAUAUCGAUAUCAUCGUAGCGGCAGAUAUAACUUACGAUUCAAGAGUAUUAGAUUUAUUAUGUCAAACCAUUGAUGAUUUCUUUAAGGUUAGUAAUACUCAAUUAGCGUUAAUAUCAGCCACGAUUCGAAAUAUAGAUACUAUAACUGAAUGGGAAUCACAAUUAAAUAAAUGGUUCAAUGGAAAUUGGUCAAUCAAACAUUCAACCUUACAACCUGGUGAUAUAGAUUCUUUAGUUAAAUUUAAACAAACAACUCCUGAAAUUAGAAUCUAUCAAAUUAUAAAUCCUACAUCUCUCUAUACAUAG